ACACUUAAGUUGUAUUUGUUAAUAUUAUUAGAAUCAAUUAGAAUUUUCUUUAGUAUCAUGUGAAAAUUUCUUAAUAAAAUGUUCCAAGAGUACUUUCUAACGUAUCAUAAAGAAGAAUUGACAAAGAUUCUUACAGCAGCUCCUGAAGAAAUCAAGCACUUGUCCUUAAACAUAAGUUUCGUAAAACUAUUUGAAAAUGAUCCAAAGCUAGGUAACAUGAUUUUAAAAGAUGCUGAAAAAGUUUUGGAAAGCCUGGACGAAGCUUUGGUUAAUAUACAAAACAUUUUAGCAGUCAACUUAAAUACCACUGAAAUUUUAGAAAAAGUUGUUCAUACCAGAGUGUAUGGCUUGCCCUCUUGUCAUGAUCAACAUAGAAUUUCAAUUCCCAGAAGUAUUGAUUUGCACUUGUUUUUACAAAUAACUGGUUCUGUGGUACGAACAACCCUUGUAAAAAUGCUAGAAUUUCGCAGAGAUUACAAAUGUUCGAAAUGUAAAUAUCAAAUGACAGUCAAUGCAGUAUAUGAGCAGAAAUAUAUAAUUUUUCCACCAAAGAAAUGUCUAAAUCCUGAAGGGUGUGGAAAUUUAAAUAUUAUUCCUUUAAAUUGUUUGGAUGCCAGUAAUUGUAAAGACUUCCAGGAAAUAAAAAUUCAAGAGCAGGUUUCUAAAUCUAGCUUGGGAAAUAUGCCUAGUUCAAUGUGGGUAACUCUAGAAGAUGAUUUAGUUGAUAUUUGUAAACCGGGUGAUAGUAUUACAGUGUGUGGGAUUUUAAAAAGUAGAUGGGACCCACUAAUUGUAAAUAAAACGAUUUCUGCUGAGUUAAUCUUGAAAGCAAAUCAUUUACAAGUAAAUAAUGCACAAAGUUCAUCUGUUUUGGUUACACCAGAUAUAAAAAACUUUUUUCACUCUUUUUGGAAAAAAUACAGAAAUCGGCCUCUCCUAGGACGUGAUAUUAUAAUAAAGUCUAUCUGUCCUCAGAUUUAUGGUCUUCACACUGUUAAAUUAGCUGUAGGAAUGGUGCUAGCUAGUGGCUCCCGAAUGCAAAACAUUCAAGAAACAGGUGUCAGAACAAGAUCUGAGUCGCAUUUAUUACUCGUCGGAGAUCCAGGUACAGGGAAAUCCCAAAUUUUAAAAUUUGCCGCCAAAAUUAUACCGCGAUCGGUGUUAACAACUGGGGUCGGUUCCACAUCCGCAGGGUUAACUGUUACUGCAAUUCAGGAAAAUGGAGAAUGGCAGUUGGAAGGGGGUGCUCUAGUCCUUGCCGAUGGAGGGAUUUGUUGUAUUGACGAGUUUAAUUCUAUGAAAGAACGCGACCGAACUAGCAUACAUGAAGCAAUGGAGCAGCAAACUAUUAGUGUUGCUAAAUAUAGGCCAGUAUUGUGUGCAAAUUAAGCACCCGUUGUUCCAUUUUGGCUGCAAUUAAUCCAAAAGGUAAUUUCGAUUUGGGCCAGCCCUUAUC